ACAUGAAACGUUUUAGAAGCGUUCAUUGACGAUUGCAAUCACUAACAUAAAAAAACCAAGUUGAGCAGAAAUAUUAAAACGCAUUUUUUUCUUCAAUAGAUUAAGUCAAGAUAAGUCAUAUAAAUUGAACAUUUUUUAUAGAUUUUUCUGUGUGAGAGUGGAAAGAAAAGAAUAAGGUAAAUUUUCGCAUAUAUUUAUCUAUGUCUUUUAGAUUCUUUUAGUAGGCGGCAUGCAAACACGUAAAUGUUUGGUUAAAAUAAUUUUAGAUUGUUUGUGUGUGAUUUCCAAUAGAAUAAAGUUUUCGAGUUAAAGCGUCAAAACUAGUUCAUUUUUGGUGUUUUUAUUGAAAAAUUUAUUAGAAAAUAUGCUUCGUUUAUUCUACAUGUUGUAAAAAAUCAAAACAUCACUGAGUUUCCGAACAAGCAGAAAAACAGAGUGUGAAAAAUAAAGAAAAAUGGCGAUUCCGCCGUAUAUGAUACCGCCAAAUCCAUGGGCAGCGCAUAUGAUGGCACAACAACAAGCACAAGCCUUUGCUGCUGCUCAUCAGGUACAGAUGCAACAACAAAUGGCUACUUCACCAAUCCAACAAAUACCACCUGGCAUGUCAGGCACCACAAAUGGGCAAAUGCCUGCAUCCAUUUUACCCAAGUCCGACACCAUGACAGAAGAAAAACUGCAAGAGAAAUCACAGAAAUGGCAUCAAAUUCAAACAAAACGUUUUGCUGAAAAGCGUAAAUUUGGCUUCGUUGAUGCACAAAAAGAGGACAUGCCACCAGAACACAUUCGAAAGAUUAUCCGUGAUCAUGGUGAUAUGACCAGUAGAAAAUAUCGACACGAUAAACGCGUUUAUCUCGGUGCACUCAAAUAUAUGCCACAUGCAGUAUUGAAAUUACUCGAAAAUAUGCCUAUGCCAUGGGAACAGAUCCGAGAUGUUAACGUACUAUAUCACAUCACCGGUGCCAUCACUUUUGUCAAUGAAAUUCCAUGGGUAAUCGAACCGGUUUACAUCGCUCAAUGGGGCACAAUGUGGGUAAUGAUGCGUCGUGAGAAACGUGAUCGUCGUCAUUUCAAACGAAUGCGUUUUCCGCCAUUCGACGACGAGGAACCUCCACUCGACUAUGCUGACAACGUUCUGGAUGUUGAACCUCUUGAAGCCAUCCAAAUUGAAUUGGACACAGAAGAAGACGCUCCAAUUUACGAUUGGUUCUAUGAACACAAGCCACUCGUUGGAACGAAGUAUGUGAAUGGAUCAACAUAUCGAAAGUGGAAUUUGUCAUUACCUCAAAUGGCUGCUCUAUAUCGGCUUGCAAAUCAAUUGCUGACCGAUUUAGUGGAUGAUAAUUUUUUCUAUUUGUUUGAUCCAAAGAGUUUUUUUACGGCGAAAGCUCUGAACAUGGCCAUUCCAGGUGGUCCCAAAUUUGAACCACUUAUCAAAGAUCAUAAUGUUGGUGAUGAUGAUUGGAAUGAAUUUAAUGACAUCAACAAAGUUAUCAUUAGACAGCCGAUUCGAACAGAAUAUCGAAUCGCAUUUCCAUACUUAUACAAUAAUAUGCCACAUUUUGUACAUCUUUCGUGGUAUCAUACGCCAAACGUUGUGUACAUCAAGACAGAAGAUCCAGAUUUGCCAGCAUUUUAUUUUGAUCCAUUGAUAAAUCCAAUUUCACAUCGUCAAUCCAUAAAAGUGGUUGAGGUGAGUGGUUUCGAUGAAGAUGAAGAAUUCAUAUUGGAUGAAGAAGUGCAACCGUUCCUACAAGACACACCAUUGUAUACGGAUAACACAGCCAAUGGAAUUUCACUGCUAUGGGCACCGCGUCCAUUCAAUAUGCGCUCGGGUCGAAUGCGUCGUGCAAUCGAUAUUCCACUAGUAAAAUCAUGGUACAAAGAGCAUUGCCCACCGGGUCAUCCAGUCAAAGUUCGUGUUAGUUAUCAAAAACUUUUAAAAUACUACGUGUUAAAUGCAUUAAAACAUCGUCGACCAAAACCACAAAAGAAACGUUAUUUGUUCCGUUCGUUCAAGGCAACGAAAUUCUUUCAAACGACGACAUUAGAUUGGGUAGAGGCUGGUUUGCAGGUGUGCCGUCAGGGCUAUAAUAUGUUAAAUCUCUUGAUUCAUCGAAAGAAUUUGAACUAUUUGCACUUGGACUAUAAUUUCAAUUUGAAGCCAGUCAAAACCCUUACAACGAAAGAACGUAAAAAAUCUCGAUUUGGAAAUGCAUUCCAUCUGUGUCGUGAAAUUUUGCGUUUAACCAAAUUGAUUAUCGACUCACAUGUGCAGUAUCGAUUGAACAACGUUGAUGCCUUCCAAUUGGCCGAUGGAUUACAGUAUAUUUUUGCUCACGUUGGUCAAUUAACUGGAAUGUAUCGUUAUAAAUACAAGCUGAUGAGACAGAUUCGAAUGUGCAAAGAUUUGAAACACUUGAUUUACUAUCGAUUCAAUACGGGUCCAGUUGGUAAGGGGCCUGGGUGUGGAUUCUGGGCACCUGGUUGGCGAGUGUGGUUGUUUUUCAUGCGUGGUAUCACACCGCUAUUAGAACGAUGGCUGGGCAAUUUGUUGUCACGUCAAUUCGAAGGCCGUCAUUCAAAAGGAGUUGCAAAAACGGUGACAAAACAGCGUGUCGAAUCACAUUUCGAUUUGGAACUGCGUGCAUCAGUCAUGCACGAUAUUGUUGAUAUGAUGCCCGAAGGUAUCAAACAAAAUAAGGCACGUACAAUUUUGCAACACUUAUCCGAAGCAUGGCGAUGCUGGAAGGCCAACAUUCCAUGGAAGGUACCCGGUUUGCCGAUCCCAAUCGAAAAUAUGAUUUUGCGUUAUGUUAAAAUGAAAGCCGAUUGGUGGACAAAUACAGCACAUUACAAUCGUGAGCGUAUUCGUCGUGGUGCAACCGUCGACAAAACGGUGUGCAAGAAAAAUCUGGGACGCUUGACACGAUUAUACUUGAAAGCUGAACAAGAACGUCAACACAACUAUCUCAAAGAUGGUCCAUAUAUUUCGCCCGAAGAAGCUGUUGCAAUUUAUACAACGACCGUUCACUGGCUGGAAUCAAGACGAUUCGCUCCAAUUCCAUUUCCCCCGCUAUCAUAUAAACAUGACACAAAACUGUUGAUCUUGGCCUUGGAACGGCUCAAAGAAGCUUACAGCGUAAAAUCUCGUUUGAAUCAGAGUCAGCGUGAAGAAUUAGGUUUGAUUGAACAAGCUUAUGACAAUCCACACGAGGCAUUGUCACGCAUCAAACGUCAUUUGCUCACACAACGUGCAUUCAAAGAAGUUGGCAUUGAAUUUAUGGAUCUCUACAGCCAUUUAAUUCCAGUUUAUGAUGUUGAACCACUUGAAAAGAUCACCGAUGCCUACUUGGAUCAAUAUUUGUGGUAUGAAGCUGACAAACGUCGCCUAUUUCCACCUUGGGUUAAACCAAGUGACACCGAACCACCUCCGUUACUUGUCUACAAAUGGUGUCAAGGUAUUAAUAAUUUGCAAGACGUUUGGGAUGUAUCUGAAGGCGAAUGUAAUGUACUGCUCGAGUCUCGCUUCGAAAAAUUGUAUGAAAAAAUUGAUCUGACAUUAUUGAAUCGUCUUCUUCGUUUGAUUGUCGAUCACAAUAUUGCUGAUUAUAUGACGGCCAAAAAUAACGUUGUUAUUAACUAUAAAGAUAUGAACCAUACGAACAGUUAUGGUAUCAUUCGAGGUUUACAAUUCGCCUCAUUCGUUGCUCAAUAUUACGGUUUAGUACUUGAUUUGCUUGUAUUGGGGUUGCAGCGUGCAAGUGAAAUGGCCGGGCCACCUCAAAUGCCGAAUGACUUCCUAACGUUUCAAGACUCAGCUACUGAAACCAAUCACCCAAUUCGAUUGUACUGUAGAUAUGUAGAUCGAAUUCAUCUAUUCUUCCGUUUUACGGCUGAUGAAGCAAGAGACUUGAUUCAAAGAUACCUAACUGAACAUCCAGAUCCCAAUAAUGAAAACAUUGUUGGAUAUAACAACAAAAAAUGUUGGCCAAGAGACGCUCGAAUGAGACUCAUGAAACAUGAUGUAAAUCUGGGUCGUGCUGUGUUUUGGGAUAUAAAAAAUCGUUUACCCCGUUCGGUCACCACGAUACAGUGGGAGAAUACAUUUGUUUCAGUCUAUUCAAAGGAUAAUCCUAACUUAUUAUUCAAUAUGUCUGGUUUUGAGUGCAGAAUAUUGCCGAAGUGUCGUACCCAACACGAGGAAUUCACUCAUCGCGAUGGUGUAUGGAAUUUGCAAAAUGAAGUAACGAAAGAACGAACGGCUCAAUGUUUCUUACGGGUUGAUGAUGAAUCGUUGGGUCGAUUCCAUAAUCGUGUUCGUCAAAUUUUGAUGGCAUCUGGUUCGACUACAUUUACGAAGAUCGUGAACAAAUGGAAUACCGCAUUGAUUGGUUUGAUGACGUAUUUCCGUGAGGCGGUUGUAAACACACAAGAAUUAUUGGAUCUGUUGGUUAAAUGUGAAAAUAAAAUUCAAACCCGUAUCAAGAUUGGUUUAAAUUCAAAAAUGCCAUCGAGAUUCCCACCGGUCGUAUUCUAUACUCCAAAAGAGUUGGGUGGUUUGGGCAUGUUGAGUAUGGGUCACGUAUUAAUUCCACAAUCCGAUUUACGUUGGUCGAAGCAAACCGACGUUGGAAUAACUCACUUUCGAUCAGGAAUGUCUCACGAUGAGGAUCAACUGAUUCCAAAUUUAUACCGUUACAUUCAACCAUGGGAAUCCGAAUUCAUUGACUCGCAACGCGUAUGGGCUGAGUAUGCACUAAAACGACAAGAAGCAAAUGCACAAAAUCGUCGGCUAACGUUGGAAGACUUAGAAGAUAGCUGGGACCGUGGUAUUCCACGCAUCAAUACAUUGUUCCAGAAAGAUCGUCACACACUUGCUUACGACAAAGGCUGGCGUAUUCGAACUGAAUUCAAACAAUAUCAAGUGCUCAAACAAAAUCCAUUCUGGUGGACACAUCAACGGCACGAUGGAAAAUUGUGGAAUUUAAACAACUAUCGGACGGACAUGAUUCAAGCACUUGGUGGUGUCGAGGGUAUUCUUGAGCAUACAUUGUUCAAGGGUACCUACUUUCCAACCUGGGAAGGUUUGUUCUGGGAAAAGGCAUCGGGCUUCGAAGAAAGUAUGAAGUAUAAAAAACUAACCAAUGCACAACGCUCCGGAUUGAAUCAAAUACCAAAUCGUCGUUUCACACUAUGGUGGUCGCCCACAAUUAAUCGAGCAAAUGUUUACGUUGGUUUCCAGGUGCAACUUGAUUUGACUGGUAUUUUCAUGCAUGGUAAAAUUCCAACGCUGAAAAUUUCACUUAUUCAAAUUUUUCGCGCUCACUUGUGGCAAAAAAUUCAUGAGUCAAUUGUAAUGGACUUGUGUCAAGUGUUUGAUCAAGAACUGGAUGCACUGGAAAUCGAAACGGUUCAAAAAGAAACAAUUCAUCCACGUAAAUCAUACAAAAUGAAUUCAUCGUGUGCUGAUAUUCUACUGUUCCCAGCAUACAAAUGGAAUGUAUCACGACCGUCGCUGUUGGCCGAUACAAAAGAUACGAUGGACAAUACAACCACACAAAAAUAUUGGUUAGACGUUCAAUUGCGUUGGGGUGAUUACGAUUCACACGAUGUGGAACGGUAUGCUCGUGCAAAAUUCUUAGAUUACACCACCGACAACAUGUCAAUUUAUCCAUCACCAACUGGUGUAUUGAUCGCUAUUGAUUUGGCAUACAAUUUGCACAGUGCCUAUGGAAACUGGUUUCCUGGUUGCAAACCACUCAUUCAACAAGCCAUGGCUAAAAUCAUGAAAGCAAAUCCCGCUUUGUAUGUACUACGAGAACGUAUUCGUAAGGCUUUACAAUUGUACAGCUCCGAGCCAACUGAACCAUACCUCUCCUCACAGAAUUAUGGUGAAUUGUUCUCCAAUCAAAUUAUUUGGUUCGUCGACGACACAAAUGUAUAUCGUGUAACCAUUCACAAGACAUUCGAAGGAAAUUUGACAACAAAACCAAUUAACGGAGCCAUUUUUAUAUUCAAUCCACGUACCGGCCAAUUGUUCUUGAAGAUUAUUCAUACGUCCGUAUGGGCGGGUCAGAAACGUUUAGGUCAAUUAGCUAAAUGGAAAACGGCCGAAGAAGUGGCGGCACUGAUUCGUUCGUUGCCCGUUGAAGAGCAGCCGAAACAAAUUAUCGUCACACGGAAAGGAAUGUUGGAUCCAUUGGAAGUGCAUUUGCUCGACUUUCCGAAUAUUGUCAUCAAAGGAUCUGAAUUGCAAUUGCCAUUCCAAGCAUGUUUGAAGGUUGAGAAAUUUGGUGAUUUAAUUUUGAAAGCAACCGAACCACAAAUGGUUCUAUUUAAUUUGUACGAUGAUUGGCUCAAGACAAUUUCAUCAUACACGGCAUUUUCACGUUUGAUUCUCAUACUUCGGGCGCUGCAUGUGAACACUGAACGUACAAAAGUGAUUCUAAAGCCAGAUAAAACAACAAUCACCGAAGCGCACCAUAUUUGGCCAACACUGAGCGAUGAAGAGUGGAUUAAAGUCGAAGUUCAGCUCAAGGAUCUUAUUUUGGCUGAUUAUGGUAAAAAGAAUAAUGUAAAUGUUGCAUCAUUGACACAAUCAGAAAUUCGGGAUAUUAUUCUUGGAAUGGAAAUUUCGGCACCAUCGGCUCAAAGACAACAAAUUGCCGAAAUUGAGAAGCAAACGAAAGAACAGUCUCAACUCACUGCCACCACCACACGAACAACCAACAAGCACGGUGACGAAAUUAUCACAUCGACCACAUCGAACUAUGAAACACAAACAUUUAGUUCGAAAACGGAAUGGCGUGUUCGAGCCAUUUCAGCAACCAAUUUACAUUUGCGUACCAAUCAUAUUUAUGUUAGUUCGGAUGACAUCAAAGAAACUGGAUACACAUACAUUUUGCCUAAAAAUGUGCUUAAAAAAUUCGUUACGAUUUCGGACUUGCGUGCACAAAUCGCUGGCUAUUUGUAUGGUGUGAGUCCGCCCGAUAAUCCACAGGUGAAGGAGAUUCGUUGUAUUGUAAUGCCACCGCAAUGGGGAACACACCAAACCAUAAAUUUACCAACACAAUUGCCAUCGCAUCAGUAUCUUAAAGAUAUGGAGCCGCUCGGCUGGAUUCAUACACAGCCCAAUGAAUUGCCACAACUUUCACCACAAGAUAUAACAACACAUGCAAAAAUUAUGUCUGAUAAUCCAACGUGGGACGGUGAAAAGACGAUUGUGAUAACGUGCUCAUUUACGCCCGGUUCGUGUUCGCUAACCGCUUAUAAAUUGACACCAUCUGGCUUUGAAUGGGGCUCCAAGAAUACCGAUAAGGGAAACAAUCCAAAAGGCUAUCUACCUAGCCACUACGAACGCGUCCAAAUGCUUUUGUCAAAUAAAUUCUUGGGUUUCUUCAUGAUACCGUCACAAGGCAGUUGGAAUUACAAUUUUAUGGGUGUGCGACAUGAUCCAAACAUGAAAUACGAACUGCAAUUAUCGAAUCCAAAAGAGUUCUACCAUGAAAUUCAUCGUCCAUCACACUUCUUGCUGUUUUCAAACCUUGAGGAUGGCGGUGUUGACGGUAGCAAUGGAGCUGAUCGCGAUGAUGCCUACGCCUAAGCUCCAUGGGCCCACACAAGAUUAAAUUUAUAUUACUUAGCGUUUUAAAACGAACACUUUAAUUCAUUUCUUUUCCAUUUAACUGGUAAAUGAACGAUCCAUUAAUCUUAUGAAUUUCAAAAUAUCGAAUUAUAAAAACUUAUAAAAAAUAAAGAAAAAAAAACAAAAGUAAAA